CCCUCAACUCCAUCGCCCUCAACUCCAUCUGCCCUCGACUCCGUCUGCUCUUGCAUCCAUCUUCCUGCCCUCGGCUCCUUCUGCCAUCGACUCUGUCUCCGUCGAUCUCUGGUCUGAACCGUCUGCAUCCUCCAGCAACAUGGUUGUUCUGUCGCUUCUGUGGGCAGGAGCCUUGGCAUCUCUUGCCACCCUCUCCUCGGCGUCGUCCGACAGUGCACCCGUCCAUCUCCAGAUCCGAACUGAGGAGUCGCAGCCCACUGUCGCCCCCGACUUCCCGCAUCUGGUCGGGCACGAGCGUCUGCUUUCGUGGAUGAACCGCUCGGUCGAUCCAUGCCAUGACUUUUAUGCCUACACAUGCGGCGGCUAUGAUGCCAAAUACGCCAACCAGAACCCGGCCAGUGUCCUUGCGCUCAUGGGUCGGUCCAACGCCAAGCUGGUCCAGAAUAUCUUUGAGCAAAAGAUUGAUCUGUCCUCCCAGUCUAGCGUCGAUAGCACCCUGCUGAAGAAAGCCGUUAGCUAUUACCAAGCCUGCACCGACGUCAAGCUCAUCAGCUCUCGUGGGUUUUCGCCGCUCAGGCCCUACGCCCAGAAGAUCGUGGACUAUUGCGCCCCCUCGAGUAACCACAGCGUCCCGUGGAUCUUUGGAAAGCUACAAGAGAUGGCCACGCCGCCGCUGUUUGAGACGGUCUACGACCAAGUUGCGCUGUCGUCCGACAAGGGCAUGCGGCUGAUCUUUGAUCCGGCCCCGAUGUACCAGGUCGAUCCCUCACUCGUCAAGCAGGUUCUUUCGGUCUAUGUGACCGAGAAUCUCAUCGAGCUGGGAGACUCGGAGCUGGAUCAGGUGGCCCAGUGGAUCGUCGAUCUGGAAAUUGCCGGCAUCGGACUGGUCAAGUCGAUAUCGUCCAAGCGGGACUCGGCAAUGAUAUACGAGGACAUCAGCACCUACACCAACGUCGAUGACCUCAGCUCCCUCACCAACCUCGACUGGAAGGACUACCUCGAGGCCCUGGACAUGCAAAAGGUCAAGAGUGUCUAUCUCUCCGGCGACCACGAUACCUGGAUCUCGGUGUUCAAGAGCAUCUCCAAGUUUGAUCGCCAGCACUUGGGCUACUUUUUCCUGUGGCGCCUGGCCUGUGCUCACUUUGGCAAGCUGAGCACUCCUUACUACGACUUGAGCGGCAAGAUUCUCCAGGGCAUUGUCCAAGUCCGCCGACUGGAUGCCACGCCUUACGACCGCGUCUCGGUGUACCAGGCGGACUGCGUCCGAGAAAUGGGUAUCAACCUGAACUAUCUGACCGGCUAUCUGUAUGUCAAGAACGCAUUCAAUGACACCCAACUCGCCCCGGCCGAAAGUCUCACUUCAAAUAUCCUUGGGUCCUUCAAGGACAUGAUCGCCGUGUCGCAGUGGCUGGACCAGUCGUCCAAGGACGCCGCCGAGCAGAAGCUGCGCUCUCUCACCGAGAUUGUCGGCUAUCCCGACUGGCUCAGCAACUCGCAGGUCGUCGUCGACUUCCACGCCAGCCUCGAGUUUUCGCCUACGACCUAUCUUGAAAACGCGAUCACAGCGAGCUCGUUCAAGGGCCUUGCCCUCUCGCGCGCUCAUCUCGCCAACGAAACUCGCAUCGGCACGCUGAUGGGAUAUCCGUGGGAAGUCAAUGCCUUCUACGAGCAGACCACUCUGACGAUGCAGAUCAAUGCCGGUAUCCUGCAGCGCCCACUCUUCAGCCGCAACAACCCAGACGCGAUGAACUAUGGCUCGCUGGGCACCAUCAUUGGCCACGAGGUUGGACAUGCCUUUGAUUCAACUGGAUACACGAUCGACUACCGGGGCCGUCUGCACAGCUGGUGGUCGGAGGAGUCGCGGAGGAACUUUGUCAGCCGCGCAAAGUGCUUUGCCGACCAGUACGGCAACAUGACUCUGACCCUCAACGACGGCAGGGUCGUCAGCAUUGACGGCGAGGUGACCUUGACCGAGACCAUCGCCGACAAUGUUGGCCUGAACGCAGCGCUGCGGGCCUUUUCGGGCAAGAUCGGCCAGUCCCAGCUGGACCUCCCUAUGGAUGGCUUUGCCGGCCUCACGGCCUCGCAGGUCUUUUUCAUCUCCUUUGGACAGACGUGGUGCUCCCCUCUUGCCGACGAGCUGGUGCUCCACCGAAUCUCGGACAAGGACCCUCACCCCCCGAGCCAGCUCCGCGUCGCCGGUGCCGUCGCCAAUCUGCCCGAGUUUUACACAACCUUCCAAUGCAAGCCUCCGUCCGCCUCGUCGUCGGCCGCCACCACCAACAUGUGCACGCUCUAUUAGCAGCAUCGUCGUUCGCUAGAGAACCGGGGCCAGCCAAAGGCUGCGGGCUCCGUCACGAUUCCUAUCUCGCUUGUUCUGCAUCCGGUGUAUGAACAAGAGGACCAGCUAAAUCAUCCCUUACCACACCCAUCCAGCAAUAUACACGGUGAAUGUUGCCA